AUGGCGCAGCGGUCAAGGGCGUCGACCAUGCGAAGUUUCAUAACACCUUCUCGAUCCGAGAACCUGGCAUUCUCCACUCCGAAGGCUGCUCUACGCAAGUCAGCAUCGCGGCCUGGAGGUGUCAAGGCCAUGGCGGCGAUGUGGGAGGGAGCAUCCAAGGACCCAUCGUUCAUCGCCACACCAGCACCAGCCACUCGAAAGCAGGUCGACACUGUCUCAGGGUCGGUCAUCUCACCAUACUCAGAAAACGUCACGCCGCCGAAAACAGUGCCACCUGUCAGGCUAACGUAUGAUCGUGCGUCAAGUAAAGGCUCUGCCAAGACGUUCGGCAGAGUAUCGCUGCGGCUAGGAAGCGCAACGAAAAAGCCUCUGAGGCUAUCAGCUAGUGAUAGCACGACGCUGCGCGCAGCCUCCCGCCCUGAAGAAACAUCACCAUCAAGAGCACUUGCUGCUUUUCGGAAGAUCCAAUUGCGGCAGACGCCAGAGCUGUCCAAGAAAGAGGCAGCCUCUCCAUCUGCUCCACUGCUCAACGAUAGCCCUGAUCAUCUCCCAAGCCUCGGUACGAUGGUUCCCCAGGAGGAAGAGCCGCCAGUUGACAGGCACAUGAACUUUUCGCGGCCACCGUCUGCCGUAUCGGGUGGCCCUCCUCAUGGCCAUGAUCACGACAGUCAUGACCCCGAGGGCGAUCCUUUCCUACCAGUGCCAACAUCAAGCCCUGUUCCCGGAGGGGGCAAUUGCCUCUUGCAUGCACAGAUUCGAAGCUUGCAGAAGCAGUUGGAGGCCCGUGACGAGGAGGCGUCUUCGCUCCGACGGCAACUCGAGACGCGGGAGAACAUGGACAUUGGCACACUGAGCGAGCAGCUGCGGGAGGCCAAGCGAGAAUCGGCCAUGUGGAAGUCACGAGCCGAAGCGGCAGAGAAGCGGCUGGCAGUGUUCGAAGGCUUCACCAUGCGUCUUCGGGACAUUCGGGUUCCACAGGUGGAUUCGGAGGCUGCAGCUGAUGACGAGGCGGCUAGGGAAGUACAUGAGGAGGGGCAUGAAUCUGACGGCAGCACUAAAACGACCCGGACAGAGGAGAUUGGUGUUUUGACCAAUCGUAUCCGUCAGUCGUUGAAGGGGUUGGAUGGUGCCAGGAGCUCGAGCGCCGCCAGCAGCACGACCAGUGACGGGGGCGCUUCGGCGUGGUGGAACCAGCCGAAGCAGGACGGCGUCGGGCUUGGCCCUAGCUCUGGAGCAAGAUUUGCACACGGCGGCGGACGCAUGCCGAAGGAUGUGCUGGAGAUUGCGGAGGAAGUUUGGGCAGCAGCGCAAGAGCUGUUGGGGCAUGAAGGUGCGACAUGGGAGGAGCGUGAGGGGCAUCAGGCGUGA